UUUCAUUGAUUGGACUUGUUAUCUGACCUAUUAAUAGUACCAUAGUUAAUGUUCAGAAUUGGACUAAAAUUUUCUAAGGCAAAUGGGAGGUUUAUUAAAUAUAGCCGUUAUAACAGUGUUGUUCUAAACAUUUUCACAUUCUUUUACAUCCUUUGAGUUACAGCAUACAGUUAUACAAAAUAAAGCAAUUGAAAGGUGAAAGCUUCAAUUAAGUGAAAGUUUAAGUCAACAGUAUUUAUCUUUUGGGAAAAUGGCUUUAUGCAUUCAGGACAAAGUGCACCUACCCUCUAUAAUGCAAUGUGACCUUUGCCCAAAUCCUGUUGUGCACAUAACCUAUACACUUGGAUCCUCAUUCCCCAGAUGGCACUGCACUUAUCCAGAAGCAGAUAUAUUUGACCAUGAUUUCUGGGACUUUAUUUGUGCUUGUACUGCUGUGUGGAGUAGAAGCUGGCAAGGUUUUGGUGUUGCCAGGCGAGUACAGUCACUGGCACAACAUGCGUGCGAUCAUUGACGCGCUGGUCGAUCGUAACCACAGUGUGACUGUUCUGGUCAGUUCUUCAUCACCUACUGUACCGCACACACGGAAGGAGCGGUUCGAUUUCAAUGUGUUUAGAGUCAACACGAAGAAAGAAGAGGCCAAUGCUGUGUGGAUUGACUUCAUUCACCUCUGGAUGAAUGACACAGCCAGUAAAUACGAGACCGUGGUCAACAUCUGGCGAGUGAUGUCAAACUUCAUGUUGCUGGCUACUGACAUAUGCAGCGGCAUGUUUCACAAUGAGGAUCUUUUACACACGCUUCAGGAAUCUCAUUAUGAUGUGCUGUUUUCUGAUCCAAUGAUGCCAUGCACUGACUUGAUGGCACAGAAGCUGAAUAUCCCACACGUCCUGUCGCUGCGUGCAACAUUUUCGUAUACUUUUGAGCGGCUUUGUGGUCAGAUGCCUGCGCCGCCAUCCUACGUUCCUGCAGCCGCUUUGCAAGAUCACCUCACCGAUCAUAUGAGCUUCACAGAGAGAGUUGAAAACAUGCUCCACUACAUCAUACAUACAUCUAUAUUUCGACUGAACAUGAAGUUCACCUUUGAUCAGAUUUACACUGAAAUAUGGGGCAAACCCACAACAAUGUGUGAGACCAUGGGAAAAGCAGACAUCUGGUUGAUUAGAACUUACUGGGAUUUCGAGUAUCCACGUCCACUACUGCCGAAUUUUAAAUUUGUUGGAGGACUACACUGCAAACCAGCCAAGCCUCUGUCAAAGGACCUGGAGGAGUUUGUGCAGAGCUCAGGAGAUCAUGGCAUCGUUGUCUUCUCACUGGGUUCCAUGAUCGGCAACUUGACAUUGGAAAGAGCAAACGUUAUUGCUUCUGCUCUAGGUCAAAUCCCACAAAAGGUUGUUUGGCGUUAUAAUGGGAAAACACCAGAAACUCUCGCCCCCAACACAAAACUCUAUGACUGGAUCCCACAGAAUGAUUUGCUUGGUCAUCCAAAAACAAAGGCCUUCAUAACCCACGGUGGGACAAAUGGACUGUAUGAGGCUAUUUAUCAUGGUGUCCCAAUGGUGGGCUUGCCACUGUUUGCUGACCAGCCUGAUAACCUAAUGCACAUGAAAACCAAAGGAGCUGCUGUUUUUCUUGAUAUCAACUCAAUGCAGUCCAAAGACCUGGUGGAUGCUCUCAAGACUGUCAUAAAUAAUCCAUCGUACAAGGAGAGCAUCAUGAGACUGUCCAGAAUCCACCAUGAUCAGCCGAUGAAGCCUCUGGACCGGGCAGUUUACUGGAUCGAAUUUGUGAUGCGGCAUAAAGGAGCUAAACAUCUACGAGUUCAGGCUCAUGAUCUGAGCUGGUAUCAGUACCACUGCCUGGAUGUAGUGGCCUUCUUACUCUCAAUCGUUGCACUGAUCACAUUCCUCUUCAUUAAAACAUGCCGUUGCCUUUUCCGUAAAUGUUUCAGAAAGACUCGUCCUGAUGCCAAAGCACAAAAGCGUAAAAAAGAGUGAAUGCAAAGUAGGUUUCCAGCAUUGCCAUCAGUUGACUGUGGUAUGUGUGUUGUCACGUGUGUAUGAUGGCCAGUGUGCAUUUAGUCUACAUUCCAAACUUGAAAUACAUGUGAAUGUUCAUGUAAAAUAAAUUAAAAGUGCCUCAGGUUAAAUAUAGUGCAGGAAACCCUUUUCUUUCUGCCGUCAUGUUUUUACUACUAUUGAACUAUGACAAAAAUGAAUGGUCCAUCUAUUCUCUGUGUUCUGUGUAAAAAGGGUGACAGGUGAGUGCAAUACAUGUGUGUAGUAAAAGCCCAUAGUUAAGAGUGACAUAAAACAUUCUGCAUUAUUUGCUGAAUGAAAUCCAAUAACUGUUCAAUACUAAUUGAUUGAUUCUGAUCCUGAAAGUAGUACUUUUGUUCUAAUGCAUGUCAGUUUUUCUCACAAAAUAUGCUGCAUUUCAGAGCAGUUUUGCUUCAGAUAGCUGUUUAUAAGGAAUAACAUGAGAUUUAAAAAUUCAUAUUCAGACACACCUUAUUUAAAGUUUAACAAGUUGCAUUUAAUAUCAGUCAGUUGGGGGCAGUUGAUCUAAAAGUUGAGUGUGUUUUUAUUAAAAUAAUUUGCCAAAGUAAAUAAAAAUCAAACAAGGUUUUCAUUUCUAAUGUAUUUUGAGUUUGCUUUGUCGAUUUUGUCGAAUAACUAGGCUACAUAUAUACAUAACUAUAUCAUGAAAUAUAUAGUUACUGUGAAAUAAAAUUAGUCAUACCGUGAAACUGAAUUUUGGUCAUCGACCAAUAAGAUGGCUUAAUUUGCCCCCCAGAUCUGUACUCUCACACCUGCAUGUACAAGUGCACAAGUGUGUUUUGCUACAGGAAUAUGUCAAAGCCUUAGAUUUUGAAGCUGUCCUGCCAGUUCUGAGAGGCUAUACAAGCUGACUUGUGGUUGUAGAGUGAAACUGAAGUAAAGUGCAAAAGUAAAUAUGUUGUA